GUGUCGCUGUUAGCGCUGCUUCCUCCCCGACUCCACUUGUCGGCCCCCUUUGACGGGCGGUGCCGAUUCCCCCUCCCAUCACCCCUCCCUCCUUUCCCUCCCUCCCUCUUUCCUUCCCUCCCUGCCCGCCUGUAGCGCCCCCGUGGCCGCCGCCACCACCACCACCACCAGCACGGUCCCAGCCCAGGCCAUCCUUAGUCCCCUGCGCGCUUCCAGCUUGCCGCGGAGGCGGCAGCGGCAGCUGCAGCUGCAGAAGCCCAGGAGCCCGGAGUCAGCAGCGACAGCCGCGGCGGCGGCAACGGGGAGCCCAUGGCGUACAGUCAGGGAGGCGGCAAGAAGAAAGUCUGCUACUAUUAUGAUGGUGAUAUUGGAAAUUAUUAUUAUGGACAGGGUCAUCCUAUGAAACCUCAUAGGAUCCGCAUGACCCAUAACCUGCUGCUAAAUUAUGGCUUGUAUAGAAAAAUGGAAAUAUAUAGGCCCCACAAAGCUACAGCUGAAGAAAUGACCAAGUAUCACAGUGAUGAAUACAUCAAAUUUCUGCGCUCAAUAAGACCAGAUAACAUGUCUGAGUAUAGCAAGCAGAUGCAAAGAUUUAAUGUUGGAGAAGAUUGUCCUGUAUUUGAUGGGCUUUUUGAGUUCUGCCAGCUUUCAACUGGUGGCUCUGUUGCUGGGGCAGUAAAAUUAAACAGACAGCAGACUGACAUGGCUGUUAACUGGGCUGGAGGUCUUCAUCAUGCAAAGAAAUCAGAAGCAUCAGGUUUCUGUUAUGUUAAUGAUAUUGUCCUUGCCAUCCUAGAGUUGCUAAAGUACCAUCAGAGAGUCCUAUACAUUGAUAUUGAUAUCCAUCAUGGUGAUGGUGUUGAGGAAGCAUUUUAUACAACAGACCGUGUAAUGACUGUAUCAUUCCACAAAUAUGGUGAAUACUUUCCUGGCACAGGAGAUUUGAGGGACAUCGGUGCAGGAAAAGGCAAGUACUAUGCUGUCAACUUUCCAAUGAGAGAUGGUAUAGAUGAUGAGUCUUAUGGGCAGAUAUUUAAACCAAUAAUAUCAAAAGUGAUGGAGAUGUAUCAGCCUAGUGCAGUAGUGUUGCAGUGUGGUGCUGACUCAUUAUCUGGUGACAGACUUGGUUGUUUCAAUCUUACCGUCAAAGGUCAUGCUAAAUGUGUAGAAGUUGUAAAAACUUUCAAUUUGCCCCUAUUGAUGCUUGGAGGAGGCGGUUACACAAUCCGUAAUGUUGCACGGUGUUGGACAUAUGAAACUGCUGUUGCCUUAGAUUGUGAAAUUCCAAAUGAGUUGCCAUACAAUGAUUACUUUGAGUAUUUUGGACCGGACUUUAAACUGCACAUUAGUCCAUCAAAUAUGACAAAUCAGAAUACCCCAGAGUAUAUGGAGAAGAUCAAACAGCGUUUAUUUGAAAACUUGCGCAUGUUACCUCAUGCGCCUGGUGUGCAGAUGCAAGCCAUCCCUGAAGAUGCUGUUCAUGAAGACAGUGGGGAUGAAGAUGGAGAAGAUCCAGACAAACGAAUUUCUAUUCGAGCAUCAGACAAACGGAUAGCUUGUGAUGAAGAAUUUUCGGAUUCCGAGGAUGAAGGGGAAGGAGGGCGUAGAAAUGUGGCUGAUCAUAAGAAAGGAGCGAAGAAAGCAAGGAUAGAAGAGGAUAAGAAGGAAACAGAGGACAAGAAAGCAGAUGUUAAAGAAGAGGAGAAGUCCAAGGACAACAGUGGUGAAAAGACAGACACCAAAGGAGCCAAAUCGGAACAGCUCAGCAAUCCUUGAAUUAGAGAGCCUCACACCAAUUUCAGGAAAAAGUACUAAAUUGGGAAAAUAUUGGGAGAAAAAAAAUACAGGUUUCUUUUCAAAAGAGACUGCUGACUUCAUUUUGUACUACUUGGCAUGGACUGUAUUUAUUUUCAAAACGGCUUUUUUUUUUUUUUUUGGUUGUUGGCAAGUUGUAUUGUGAGUUUUUCUAAUUAUGAUGCAAAAUUUCUUUCUCCACCAUGCUUUAUGUGAUAGUAUUUAAAAUUGAUGUGAGUUAUUAUGUUAUGUCUAAAAACUGAUCUAUUAAAGACGUAAUUUGCCUUUCUGAGCUGAUUUUCCAUCUUUUGUAAUUAUCUUUAUUAAAAAACAAAUUGUACUUGGGUUGUCUUUCGUUUUUCAUUGUAAUAUGUUGUCAACUUUUGGUCGAAAAGGUAGAGUUUUGGUUGACAGGGCAGAGUACAAGAGUUAAAUAAAAUUAGUGUAUUGGAGUUCAUUUUGGGGUGAGGAGAUGGACUGCAGUUGAUUUGAAAUUUUGGGAAUUCCUCCUUCUUGGGUAUUUUAUUGAGCUUGUAUACCUCAAAUUGAAUUGGCCAUAUUAAAAUAUAGAAGUAAGUACAAUAUUGAUUUUAAUGAAUCCCCUAAAAAUUGUUAUUCAGAUACAGUAAAACUUAUUUUAAAAUUUUUUUUUGGUAUUCAGAUAGUAGAAUAUCAGUACCCUUUCUAGAUUUUUGACAAACUUUCAUGGACAAAUCACUUAACCUCUCUUAUCUGACCUUCAGAUAACUCUGUAAGAUGUCCCAAUUCAGUUAUAGAUGGUGUGAGAUAUUCCUAGGUGAAGCUAGUUUUUACACCAAAGAAAACAUUCGUGUAUAUCUAUAUUUCAUAAUGAACCAUGUUUAAUAUAUUCUACAUCAGUAGAAGAUUCAUUUUUUGCUGUGCUUAUUGGAUUUUCAGUGUUAGUUUAAAUUAGAAGUAUUUUAUCUCCUGGAUACAACACUCAAAACAUUUGAAAGUGAACAUACCUUUAACCCCACCCCCUAACUUUUGUUUUAGAAUUAGAAUGAAAAUUUGUAUAGUAGGUAAAAAGGGAACCAAGAAUGUAAAUGAACUUUUUCAAUCUUUCACAUUAUUGCUAAGGCUGCUAUUAAUAUUUCUAUUUUAAUUGAGUACUAAGAUUAGAGAUUUAUUUAAUGCUGUAAACUUCUGUGCUAAACCAUUUGAUUUGUGAUUCUUUGUCCUAUUAUUGAGAUUCAGAAGAAAUGUUGUGAAUUUAGUCAAGUUUUUUUGGUAUGGUUUAAAUCUUCUAGGAUAUUGUCUGAAGAAAUUUAAAUUUUUUCUAAUGUUUCAGAGAUUCGGUUAAUAACUUCAUUUUAUAGUUCAGGUAGUCAAUUUAAGUUGUUUAUGGAAGUAAUAACAAACUGGGCAAUAAAACAUUGAGUUGGAAGAAUAA